AUAAGAGUUUGACACUCGCACACGGCAAAAAUCAAAACAACUCUACGUUUUCGACCAAAAAUGAUGGCCCGUGUGCUGUUCCGUUCGCUGCAGCAAAAUAAACCUUCUAACUGGAGUAACCUACUCCGGAGUGCAGCGGCUCCAAAUGUGGACUCUGUGCGACAGUCAUCGUUCCGGUCCUCCGAACCCGUGGGAGAUCUGGGCCAGUUUCCGGAAGUUGAGGUCGAGGAAUCCACCGGAAUGGAAGCACGUCGAGCGGUUACUUGCUCCCGGAUCGUCCCGAAGCCGCUGGCACAGGCAGACUAUCCAUCCGGGUGGAAACCUCCCAUGGCCGCAACGGUAGACAAGAAAUACUUUGUCGCACGUACGAAAAACUUUAUGCUUCCGGUGUACCUGCGACGUUCGUUCCGUGGCCAACGCAUCGUGACGGCGGUGAGACGCAUCGACGGGGACAUUUGGCUGCUGGAAGCGGAGCUGCGGUAUUUGAUCGAGAAGAAGCUCAACAAACAGAUUAUCACACGGGUUAACGAAAUGAACGGCCAGAUUGAGUUCAAGGGAGAUUUCGUGACGAUUGUUGAGGGUUUUCUGGCGGAGAAAGGUUUCUAGAUUGUAGAAUGGAGCGAUUUGUAGAUAAUAAAGAUUGUACUUGGACUACUCUUAGUUUAUUGCAAAA